GCUUGCCAUAGAAAAGCGAAUCUCUCCUGGACCAGAAUGUCAUAUGUGAAACUGGUGUCGUUGUGUGCCGUAGCUCCGGGGCUGACCGGCCUGCUGUGCGGCUCCACGGUGCUGGCUGCAGCCGAGGGGAAAAAGAGCCCACAGCCGGCUCUGAGCCUCGAUGAGCUGCCGUCAUUAUACAACAUCCCUGAAGCAGUGCCUCAUGUGGAGCCAGAGGCCGGGCCCCUGGAGGAGAGCGUUGCAUCGCUGAGGAAACUGGCAGAACCAUACACCAACCAGUGCCAGCAAACAGGCCAGGUUGCCUUUGAGAAAGUGGAGCAAGUUUACAAUACUGUGGAGCCCACAAUCAGCACCUCCAUAAAAACUGUCACAGAUGUGUACCAGUUCCUCAGUAACCCCCCUCCUGACCUCUACGACAGUGUGGCGGCGGUUGGAUUUUCUGGCAUCCUUGGACUUUUUUUGGCCAAAGGCUCCAGGGUGAAGCAGGUGGUGUUACCAGUUGGACUCAUGGCUCUCAGUGCCUCCAUGUUUUACCCUCAGCAGGCUGCGUCUGUACUGAAGGGGGGUCGGGAUUCGGCGUUCAGCUUGGCUCAGCGGGGCCGCGGCAACCUAGAGACUCUCUGGAAAGAUCCUCCGUUUGCAAAAAAGAAGGAGAACAAAGAGAAAACAGAGAGCAGCGAUACAAGCUGAGACUUCACCUUCCAGUAACACACACACACACACACACACACACACACACACACACACACACACCCCUCUGUACGACUCCUGUAUAUUAUUUAUAAUUAUUCACCUACACACACACUCUCACACAGCCUCUAAUCAGGACUUCAUUAUUUAAGUUGCACAUCUCCGCAAUGUACAGGUCUAAAGUGUGUUUCUAAAACAUCAUUCCUUUCAGGUAAAUAUUCUGAAUAUCCAAAUAAAUCUGUGUAUCUGCUUCUUGGUAAAUCUCCUCCUCCUCCUCCUCCUCCUCCUCCUCCUCCUCCUCCUCCUCAUCAUUCCUUCCUAUUUUCCCAUUCCAUGGUCAGUUUCUGCAUUGUUUGCCACAAUUUGCAGCAAAACGGGAAUGGUAUCUGCCACCGACACUUCAGUCAUUCUUUCAUUUGCUGCACAACACCACUUUAGAGCAAGUCAUUUAAGUAACUUUGAGGAUUUCAGCAUCGCAAAUGUGCUUGUUGCAGUCCUCUUGAGUAAAGACAAUGUCUCUUUGAAAGCAGUAGGAAUAUGUUAUGUUUGGACAUUUUUCUGAUCUGAUUAAUUGAUGAAUAAAGAAAGCGAUCGACAAAUGAAUCAAUAGUUAAAACAAUAAGAUGGAAUGGAAAGAGUAGUAGUUAAUGAAUGAAUUAUGAAUGAAUGAAUCGUUUUGUUUGUCCUUGCCUGUGUUUGUAAGCAGAAUGUCUUAAAAAACUUGUGAAGAAGUUUAAAAAAAAGAGAAAGGCUGACUAAAAAAACAUUGGUUCUGAUGUGUUGUUAGAUUCCUGCUUUGCUGACGACCUGUAGUCUCAGCUGAUUCCUUUAUUUGCACUUUUCUCAAAAAAUGACCACUUGUUUUUAGCCUUUUUCUUUGCAUUAUGAAGUAUUUUUUAAAACUGAACAUUAGACGGGCAGCUUUGAUGAGCUGUCGUCGUGUCAAGUGCAGCUUACAUCAGUAUACAUUUUCAGAAAGGUUAUUCAUGCCCGCGUAUUUAUUCCCCUGGAUGUCGUCACGUCGCAGUUGAUGCUGAUAAAACGUACUUGUUACAGUAAAGGGCCAAAUAGUAUGUAAUAAUUAACGAGCUUAAUGUGUGUGUUCUCCAUGUAUAAUAAUGCACUGUAUAUACUGAACAAGGUUUUAUCUGAAUGCGAUGGAAAUAAAACUGGCAUCUGAAAAAGA